AUGGGUGGAAUGAUGAAUCAACAACAGCAGCAGUAUCAACAACAGCCUAUUUUUGCGAGCCAACCAAUGCCAGCAUCUAUGCCAGUUUCCGCUCAACAACCGAUGAACAUGAUGCAAGGAGGUCAACAGUUCCAACAUCAAAACAUGGGAAUGAUGCACGGACAACCUAUGAUGAUGAGACAGCAGAUGCCUCCGUCAUUUCAACAACAUCCUCAAGGAAUGAUUCAGCAGCCUGGAGGUAACAUUUCGAAGAUGUGU